AAUCUUCUGUCCGAUUGUUUAUAACUUAUUAUAAUAUAAAAAUUUCGCUCAAUAGAAAAAUUCUCGCUUUUAUACAGUUAAUUAGUCGUGUUAUCUAAAUUCCGGCAACUUUUCAGCAUUUAUCGUAAAUGGCUCGGAAAAUAUCUUCUACCAAUCUAGCAUAUAAAUUACGCAGAGGCCAGAAGGAUUUGCUUUGUGCUCCGGCUGAAGUUAGUGAAGAAUUCAAAAAAGAUACUCUACUAUCUACUCAUUUAGUGGACUUUAAGACUCCUCCACGACCGGAGCAACCAAAUCGAGGCAAAAAACGAGAACUAAUGGAACGUUUCCUCUUCGAGAAAAUCAGUGCAGAUAUCGCCAAGGAGGAGUUUCGUCCCCGUUCACCUCCUGUUUACAUUAGCACAACCCACGACCACUUUAGUGUUCCAGGAUUCGAUCCCGAGGCUGGACUUCAGCCUUCCUUCAAAUAUUCUCUUUAUACAGAUACACCGAUCUCGUACUGGUCAGAGAAUAAGAAGAAAAUUGCUGGAGUGACCGUUCCUGAUAACCCAACUCGAAACUUCAAUAGUUCAGCGAAGUUCAGUAAGCCCAUAUCGGAGAGGUGGGACAAUGAUUGUGAAUUGUAAUACGCUUAUAUCUAAAUUUGAGUUGUGUGGUUUCAUUAACUUCUCAACGAAAGAAGUAAAAAAAAAAUGUUUCUUAUUUCUUUAUAUACAAUAGCUAUAUGUAGCAAGUUAAAUUUUGUUGUCAAUACAUCAUCAAAGUAAUUUGAAUUACUGAAUCUGAUAACCGUGUUCCAGAUAUCUGCGUUUUAGUUAUCGAAGAACUCUUGAGAUUAGAAACUGAUUAUGACUUUUUAAUAAAAGUGGAUGAACUUUUAAAACAUUUACGAUAUUAAUAAUGUUUACAUGAACAAACUGCAUUUAACUUGCAUUAUUUACAAAACAUAUUCCAUUGCAUAUUCUACUUACUAACACAUUCCAAUUGCAAAACACAUAACUAUGUACAAAGAAUUCCAUUAUUAUUCUAGUUGCGAAAUAUAUUCCACUACUUUUCUUGAGAUUUAUAUGAAAAGGUUAAUCUUAAGUUAGCCAGUUAAGAUUUUAUAUUGCUCAGAUCUUUCAUUUUCCUAUAAUCGCAUUAUUCAUUCAAGCUGUAAGCAAAUUAAAUGAAUAAAAAAGUCGUGACGCAAUUUUAAAGCCUUUUAACACCUGUCUUAUUGUACGAAUGCUUGGUGCAUUGUGGUUGGAUUACUGUUGGGAAAUGAAUUAAAAUGUAAGUGUUUCUCAAACUACAAAUAAAUUAAAUCUUUUAAUUACCAUUAUUUUUAUAUGUGCAGCUAUCAUCUUCUAGCUACUAAUAAAUCUAUAAGUUAUUUAUUUCUUAUCUGUGUGGCUGAUUGUAAGCCUUGUAACUUCUAGCUGAUAGAACAUAUGAAACUUCUACCUAUUCUUUUUUACCAAUUCUUUUUUACCUUCACGUAGAUAUAAGCGUAUUUUCUUAAG